AUGCUCAAACACAACUCUAAUUUAGACGAACGAGGUUGGAUCUAUCAGGUGGAUGGAACUAUUUGUGAAAGCUUGGCACCGGGAAUAACUUAUGCAAACGCAUCAAUGGUUUUUAAUGAGAAGCGGAAAAUAAGAGAGGCAAGAGAAGAUAAAAAUGGUUGGACAAGUAAAGAAUUUCUUGAAGAGAUUCUCCAUCGGUUGGCAGGUAAGAAAUACGAUGAAGUACAUGGUCUCGUAAUUGCUGCAGCCGAUCAUGCUAUUGUGGAUGUUUAUCGAGAAUUGUUUCAAGCAGUCAUCGACGAAUAUGACAGAGAUUUCGUUGAAAGCGGUAUUUCCGAUCCAGUCCUGGAAAAUGUCUUGAUAUUACUGAAAUCAUAUGGAACUACAAAGAAUAAACUGGCUGUUUUACUUGAAUGCUCUAAUGGUGUUACUUCAUGGAAGGCAUUUAUGAUGCUUGGAUGCUUUGUGGAAGAAAUAAUACCGGAGAUGAAAGACCUCAACGAAGAUUUCAUUCGCGACAUCAGGGAAGUUUAUGUUCCAUCAUGGAUUGAACGAUUCGAGAAAAAUGUCAUGUUGAAUCAUCCAGACAUUCAAAUAAAUAGAGAAUAUUUUUCGAAUCUAGAGGCCGAUUAUUUGAACGAGAACUACAGUCCUGUACUGCCAGAUGCAUCUUCUGAUCUUUUUUUAGCGGCUGUUUUUAUGUUUUUACGAAUUUUCACGUAA